AUGUUUUGGAUAAAACUUCGCGGAAUAUCGAAUGUUGCGAAGUGGCGUAAAAAAGGUGUUGGAUACAAUAGUGGAUUAUUAAGAAAUAGGGCAUGUGCGGAUAAUCUCUUGAGAGAAAAAAUCAUAUCGCUCGAAAAAAUUAUCGUGUAUAUUAUUAGCAUAGAAACGGGAGCGACGAUUACAUGUAUUCAUUGUAUAGAAACUUCGUCAUGUACUCGGGGAAAGUCUCAAUUUUCUAAAUGCUUAUAUAUAGUGCAUAAAAAUUAUUGUCGAAUUAUUCUUUUGGAAAAAGAUACUGUAUAUAUUAUGGUGAUCGUUUUAAUAAAACUAGGCUUUAAUGCCUUAGUUAACGAUAAAAUUGGAGAGCAUAUUCCUGAACAAGAUCAAAUGAAAGAGGCUAUUCUUCGAAAACGAAAGGAGAGGGCAAGACAAUUUUUCAAAAUUUUUUUUAGCGGUAUUGGUAGUGCUAGUAGUGUUAAUGAAAUGAUAUAUCAGGCUAAAUCUUUUAAUUUACUGCGCCUGUGA